CACACUUGUCUCUUUCUCUCCCUUUCAGCCCACACAAAAAUUUGACCGCUCCUACAAAAAGCCACAAACUUUUCCGCAAAGUAGAACUAAAAGCCCAAUGAAUCUACCCCGCCACUGAAUCCAAUCUUGUAUAAAACACAUACAAUUAAACACAAACACAAAAUUUUCCCACUUGAAACACCAAGCCUUUCCUUUCUCUCCCAUGGCUCUGGUCACCUCACGACCAUCCAAUCCCAAAUCCCAAAUUUCUCUUCCUCUCCGCCGCACAACUCGCCGGUUUGGAAGCAAUGUAGUCCCUCUCCGGCCAGUUUCUCGCCUACCCAUUUUCCCAAAGUCGGGUAUCAACGAGCAAAAGCCUGCAAAAGUAGUGAAAAGCGCAAAACGUUUGACCCAUUUUCUGCAUGCCAAUUCCAAUGGAACAGUUAAGGCGAUCCCCAAUGCGGCAUUCGGAGAAGCCACGGAGGCCGAACCGGAGCCGCCGGUGGUGAGUGGGAAGAGGAUUCUGUUGUCGGACGUGGUGGUGGAGAAGCCGAGGAGGGUCUUUUGGGGAAGGAAAUGGAAUUCUUUGGAUAUGGGCACUGCUGGGGUUGUUUUGGCAACGCAUUUGCUCAGUCUUUUCGCGCCUUUCCAUUUCAAUUGGGGUGCUUUUUGGGUGGCCAUCGCUUUGUAUGUCGUGACUGGACUCUUUGGAAUUACUCUGUCUUUUCAUAGGAACCUUUCUCACCGGAGUUUCAAGCUUCCCAAAUGGCUUGAAUACUUGUUUGCCUAUUGUGGAGUUUUGGCUCUUCAGGGGAAUCCAAUAGAUUGGGUGAGCACGCAUAGGUACCACCACCAGUUUUGUGAUUCUGAGAGAGACCCACAUAGCCCAACUGAAGGUUUCUGGUUUAGUCACAUGAGUUGGUUAUUUGACACCAAUUCUGUAAUUGAAAGGUGUGGAGCACCUAACAAUGUUUCGGAUUUAGAGAAGCAGCCAUUCUAUAAGUUUAUGCGGAGUUCUUACAUUCUUCACCCAAUUGCUCUUGGAGUUCUGCUGUAUGCAGUGGGGGGAUUUCCAUUCCUGGUGUGGGGAAUGGGCGUGAGGGUUAUAUGGGUGUAUCACAUCACUUGGCUGGUUAACUCAGCUUGCCACGUUUGGGGGAAGCAAGCGUGGAAGACCGGUGAUCUAUCCAGGAACAAUUGGUGGGUGGCAUUACUUGCAUUUGGAGAAGGUUGGCACAACAACCACCAUGCUUUUGAGUACUCAGCAAGACAUGGGUUGGAAUGGUGGCAACUUGACAUGACUUGGUGUGUUGUGAGACUUCUCCAAGCCAUUGGAUUUGCAACUGACGUGAAGGUACCUAAUGAGACUCAGAAGCAAAGAAUGGCUCUGAACAAUUGAAGCAUGAUUGACAAUCGAGAUGAUCAUGUAUGCUUAAGUAUAUAAUAUAUAUACUUAUAUAUAUAUGUAUGUAUAGUACUAUGAGAUGAUCGGUUAGGCAGCGGAGAAACAAAUAAUUCUGAAAUGAAGAGAAACAAAUCAAAUGCAGAGAAUCCAAAUUGCAGUUUAGCAAUACAUUUGAUUUUAGACCAUAGCAGUUAAGCCGCCGCCAUCAUCUUCCAUAUCCGCACCGAAUCGCACCGCCGAACCAGAUCCUUUGCGCAUCGCCGUCACAGUUUGCUCUUCGGCAAACGUAGAGCCGCCCUUUCCUUGUUGCGCCACGGUCAGACUCGCUGUCCUCUAAAACCCAGGCAUUCGCUGCUAGCCACUGAAGCCGCCGGAGCGUCCUCCUCCUC